CGUCGUCCUCGUCGCGACUCGCGAUGCGAUCGUGGACCGAUUCGUCCCUCGCGCGACAAACGGUACGAAUUUAGAUGGGAGCUCGAGAGCGGGAGCUGGCGAAAUGCUAAUUGGAUCGUCGGGCUCAUCGGAUUUGGUGAGGUCUGCCCGCACGAGGAGGAAGAAGAGGGAGAUUUUCGCGCGGCGGACUGGAGCAGAGAAGCGAAUGAUCGAGCUUCGUAGUCAGAUUCUCGUUUGGGGUCUUUUCUUCCCUUCCAUGACGUCGGGGAGUGUAAUGUGGAGCUUGGUCUGAGCAGAACACUCAACCGACUCACUCGCCUGCACUUUACUAUAGCAUACUUUCAAUAGUGCCUCUCUCGGAUUGCAUUGCGUUGCAUUACGAAGUCCUUCGUUUCCUUCGCCAUAAACUCAGAGAGCAGAGCAGCUCGAUGAACUGGAAGGCAGCUUCCCUCGUUCGUGCUGUGCCGGGAAGGAAAUUGCGCGGAUGGAUCUAUUGAGAGGACGAGGGAAUAGUGAUCGGAAGAAUUCCGUCUGAAUCGUGCACACGGCAUCACUGUAGAGCGGGAGGACGAGCAGCAGCAGCUGUUGCUUGUGAGUGAGGUGAGCUCGCUCGUUCAUGGUGACAGUGGGUUCCAUAGACUGUGCCGUGGGCUGGAGUGAAGGUCUGAGGAGGUCCUCUGGCAUGGACGAGGCACGGACAGGUGUGGAGCAGGAGCAGGAGCAUCAGCAUUGGGGCGUACUCUCAGCGAGGGCGUGGUGGACUAGACCGGAGUUCAGUGCACUGGAGCCGAGCAGCUGUAGGUGGUGGGCUUGAAUGUUAGUUUAGUGCUGGGAAGAAAGCUUAGCGCAUGAGAUUUGUUCCGGUGGUAGCAGCGAGACGAUGAGGCCUGCGCAGGCAGACUCUUUGAAAUUUCGAGUUCCUUCUCUACUCUUCCUCUUCCUCUCGCGCGCGAGUUGUGAUGGCCUGGGAUGCACUUGCGCCCAUUGCGGAUAAUAUAGGAGAGCCCAGAGAAGGAGAAGGAGGAGGCGGCCCUGGUGACGAGGGGCUGAGGGAGAGUCUCAGCAAGUGGACCGCAGAACAAGAGCAUUGAGAAAAAUUGUCAGUCGUUGAGCCAAAAUGAGCUGCGUGGGAUUACUGGCGAUCGCGGCCGGAGCUCCUCAGUGUUCCCCUCCGAGCACAGAUGAAUGCCCUGAAGAUGAUCUGUCUCUGGCUCACUACGUGCAGCCGAGUAGUACUAAGAUGACGGGAGCACCAAUGAUGAUGAUGGAGGCAGCUCUCAAGGUCGAUAAAGUUCUAGCGAGGUUACAAAGUUUGCAAGGAACAGUGACCAUUCCCACACCACCUGUGUCGGCGACAGUCUCGGCAUGCAUCAGUCCCGCCUACAGCAGGUCCAAGAGCUGCAUCGGAAGUCCCAAGUUCGAGAGGGAGGAGAAGGAGAACGUCAUCAGAAUCCACGACAUUUUACGAUUUUCGGAUGACUUCACAGGAAAAUUCCCGAGUCUCACGCAAGAGCAUCGAGGGAGGUACUUGAGAAGACUGUCACGCUCCAAGACUGAAGUCUUCGAUGAGAAGAAAGAUCCGCGAGAUCCUCAUGGUGAAUGGAAGCACUGGUCAUCUCCAGCAGGCGACGUGCACAAGGUGAUUUCAGAGAUUCUAAUGGCGAGUCAGAUAGCAAAGGAGAUCACGAGUAUGGUCAAUGCAUGUUUGGUGCACACAGAUGUUGGCAGUUCGGAUGAGGAGAAGCCGGUUCGAAAGCAGGUCAAACACAAGCAUAAGCAGAAGGCUUCUUCAUCCAAUAAGGAAUCGGUGGCUGGUUCGAGCAAUCGUGCGCUCAAGAAGGAGGAUCCCAUGCACAAAUUUAGAGUGGUGACGCCGUCGGAUACUUCCAAGAGGCGACCCAAUUCUGGCAAUAGGAAGGAAAUUCUCUACCCGAAGUCGAAGCUCACCGCUGAUCUGGUCAGACCAGUCGAUGACACGCAGGAACUAUCGUCCACCGAGAGGAAAAUGCAAUCUCGCCGAUCACCUCGAGCAUCUGUAUCUCCCCGUACUUCCCUCGAGGAGCCUGUUCAGAAAAGCCGGUCGAAAGCAGCUGCAUCAGCUGCCAAUGCCGUCGAGUCCCCAAGAGUUUAUCUCCAGGAGCCUGUUCUUAAGACUCAGGUGAGAGUCGCUGGAGAGUCUUCCAGAGUUGCUACUACACCUCGCGCAUCCGUCGAGGAACCUGUGUUGAGAAAUCAUGCAAGACUUGCCGCAGAGUCUUCAAGUUCAAGAGCUGCUCCUGGAGCUUCAUGUCGUGCAUCAUCAUCAGUAGAGGAGCCUGCGUCAAGGAAUCAUGCAAGAGUUGCCGCAGAGUCUGCAAGAACUGUGGGAACAACGACAGCCACGACAGCCCGUGCACGGUUGGAGGAGCCGUUCUUGAGAAAUCAUGCAAGAAUUGCUGCCACCGGAACAACAACACCUUGUUCGUCGGUCGGGGAACCACCUUACUUGAGGAAUAAUAUCAGAGUUUCUGCCACUGCCAAUGCUGCCGAGUCGUCACGAGCUUCAGGAACACCCCGUGCAUCCGGUAACGACCCUGUGUUGACAAGGAUUCGAACCAGAGUUGCUGCACCCGAGGCUUCGAGCACCUUAGUGGCCCCAGCACCAACGCCUCGUACCUCAUCAGUCGAGGACCCGAUCUUAACGAGGAUUCGUAUCAGAGUUGCAGCUGCAGCUGAGCCUUCUGGAGGAUCCGCAUCACUACUUCAUAGUGCGGAGGAGCCACUGUCAAAACUUCGGACGAGAGCUUCUGCUGCUGCUCCCACUCCCACCAAGUCUGCCUCGACUUCGGAUAUGUGGGAAGCAAAGGAAAUAACCAACUGCUUCUCCUCGCCUCGAGCAAUGGGUGAAUCUAAGAAGUCUGCUUUGCCAUCGUCCAGUGCUGUAAGAAAGGGCAGAAAUUCUCGAUCACCACCUCAGGCUUCCCAUACCUCAGAGCAACCGAGAUUGAGCACCUCGUCCCUCGCUCCCCUUCAAACUUGCUCACCCAGGAGACACAACAGUUUACGCUUUUCAUCGCCAGCUGAUUAUUCAUUACCUGAACAACCUUCAACAGAGCAGCGUCUGCUCGUAAAUUCCCCGGUUCGGUCGCGAAUUGGCAGAUUGCCUCAAGAGAAUGCAGCUGUGGCUGAAGGCUCUUCAGCUAGAAUCAGAAGAUCUCAGAGAGAAUCGGCAGCAGCAAAUAUGGAGCCUAGGAUUGCAUCCUCGUCCGCUUCUAGCCUUUUGCCCACCGCUGUGAGAAAAGCAUUUCGUGCAGAAACGGCUGGCGGUGCUGAAGAUUUGAGGAUUCCUGGAAUAACUGCUGAGCUUCCAAAUUGCACGAGACACCAGCGCCCAUCUGCAUCUGCCCGGGCAGGAGGAGAUAAUGUGUCCACCACAUCCAGUGGCUCGCUCAAAGGUGGCAGAGACGAUGACUGGUUCAGGAAGUCGCUGGAGGCAACGGAGAUAAGUUUGGGUCCAAAUAAACCGUGGAAGUCAGGAACCAAGGCCGUGCUCUUCUCCAAUCCCACAUUCGCACCAGCUUCCCCGCCGGGUGCUAGACCCGCACAGGAAAAGGAAAAGGAAAAGGAAAGGCCUGCCACUCCCCCAGUCAGGCAGCCAUCGCCCAAUCGCUCCACAUCGGCCACCAGAAGAGUGAAGGAAUGGGUGGGAAAUGUGCUCCAUGGGCGUCGUUCUGUGUCUCCAGACAUUGCUGGAAGAGUGGGCCAUUCAAAUCGCAAGCUCAUCUCGCUGUCACCUGGCAGAGCAUCACUUCCAUCGUUGAUUUCCAGGCUUCCCUCGAGGGGGAAGAAAGCUUCUUCCUCUGCCCCCAGAGCUACCGUCUUCCCUUCAGUAGCCUCCAAGGACGUGGUAGUAGGAGAGCUUCCACUUCCCCCAUGUCGCCAGGCGCAGAAGCUGGCAGCUUCUAAAUUAGCAGAGCUUCCAUCACAUCCCGGGGGUGGUCAGGUAAUGGAGCUGAAAGCUCAAAAGGAGAUAUUGGAUCGUCAAGCACAUCACAUGGCAGCUCAGAAGAAGCUGAUGGUUGAAGACUGGUCCCGAACAGUGGAGCCUCCGGCACCUUUCGACAAAGACGUGGGAGUAGCGUGUCGACCAGGGCCAGUGUUGUACUCCAUGAGACAAUUGAAUGACAUGGAUUACAGUGCGAAGCAUUGUAUGAAGAAAGCUAUGGAAUCAAGUUCUCCGAUGAGAGAAAAACAGUCUUAUGUCAGAUAUUUUAGAGAACAGCCAGAACCCAAUCUCCCUCUGAGAAAGGAUAGGGAGAUUGCUAACUUCAAACUCGGAUCCGGAUGGGAAAACGAAGUCGGAGUACUCGGCGUUCUGUCACAAUGCAGAAGUAUGACCCAGGAGCAACCUACUGUACCUGUUGCUGCCUCUAAAAGGGUUGAAAAGGAGAACGUUGCUACUGCUGCUGCUCAGCCGGUGGUGGACUCUGCGCAAGGUGCGUUGAGAAAAAGUUGGUCCAUGGGCUCCCAGCGUUCAACGAGCACCGUUCGUGCGAUGAGCACUGGGAAAGUGCGCACAGGUCCAUCGUUUCUCAAGCGGGCCAAAGACUGGAUGAGAACUCAAACUCCCUUCCGGGACCGUCCUCAAAAGACGACUGAUUUUAGUUGAAAGGCAUCUGGAGCAACAGAAGGUGCUUCGAUGAGACGAGCAAUUUAGGUGUGCCUGCAUUGGUGGUGCAAUUUAUCUAUUGCUCGAGUCUUUAAUUCCGCGAGGAUUCAACAUCAACAAACUAGAACAAUCUCAUUAGCUGACUUCACAACUCUAAGUUUCUUGAGUUCGCAACCAAGCAAACUGAAUCUCGUUGUGAUCGGCGAUUUUACUUGAAGCCAUUCAUCUUCACAAAGUUGCCGAAUCGAAUCGACAACUGCUGUGUGCUCUCAAUAGUGGGCUCCGCGGGUUACUGCUCACCGGUUUGCUAGUUUUGGCGCCCCACGAUCUGGAGCGCAAUCAUCAUAAAACCAUAAUCCUCAUCAUAACCACCCCUCCCCUUUCUUUACUCAUGUACAGAUUCUUGGGUAUGCUGCGAUGCAAGCCGCCGCUGUGCUAGCGAGCGAACAAGCAAGAAACCGAGAUCCCCCUCCAUUGUUAAUCGAAAUUGACGUUUGUAUAGAUCUAUCAAUCAGUCAGUCAUCGGGCACACACCUGCAUGUACCUGAAUUGUGUUGAGUAAAAAGCUCCUAAAAGCUACCAAUUUUGUUUCCGCCCAUGUUCCAGGUUCCAUGUGCAUUUCCAUCGGACACCCAGUCACCAGUGUCUGUUUCUGGUCUUCUAUCGUUGGCGUGUACUCCUCUGAGUUAUUUUAUGAGCUAUUUUUGAGGACUUGCCUGUUGUUAGUCGUCUUGUAAGGUUGGUACGAUCAUGACUCACCACGAUCGACUAAUUUUAUCAAUCCUAGAGAAGGUGACUGAGCUGAAAGAGUAAGACAGGAUCGUCAACAGGGAAGUCCCCCAGCCAGUCCGACACAACGGGACCUUCUCAAGGCGACGAUAGUAUGGUAGUCGGUUUCCAGGCCACGUGCCUCAUGUGACUUGUAUAAAUUCUCCUGGCAGUAUCUGCAGCGGGUUCGAUGAUAUGAUUAUUUCCUCGUGGGAUGCCUUCGGAUUCAUUCAGGUCAAGCGGACCUGUUCCUUAGUGUCUUCGAGUGUGAGGGAAGGGGACUACGGAGGCAGGGAAGUUACGGAAGAGGGAGGAGUGAGGAGAAUGACCUAUUGUGUGGUCAGUCCGUCCACUCGAGGACUCUCGUAGGCAAGCCUAAUAAAGUGAUGUCAUGUGGAUAGGUGCGUUAGAAAUUCUAAC